GAUUUACACGUGAGGUCUCCCUCACUGAUAGCAGAGCAGCAGAUGUCGAAAGCCCCCUUGUAGGAUGUCCGAUGACUGGACGGACUCGUGUUUACAUCCACUCGGUUUCUAGAAGAGGCGGGGAUGCGCGCACACCGUUAACUGUGAUGCAGGCGCCGAUCGGCACAGAAUAAACCGGGAUCUCCCUCAAGUGGCCCGCAUACCAUGACGAAGAAAGUACUGGAUUUUAUCUCAGAGAGAAAUUCGGUGGCUACAGAACAACGGGAGAGUUCCUAAUCGUCUAAGACACAGUGAGCUGCGGCUGGAAAGAGGAUGCAAAAUAAACAAUCUCUAGCAGCUCCUUGUGGUGUGGAGGAAUGAAGGCCAUGGAGCUAAAAGUGUGGGUGGACGGAGUGCAGCGCAUUGUGUGUGGGGUCACGGAGUUCACCACAUGCCAGGAAGUGGUCAUCGCUUUGGCACAAGCCAUUGGACGGACAGGCAGAUACACUUUGAUCGAGAAAUGGCGGGAGACAGAGCGCCACCUGGCUCCAAAUGAAAACCCUGUAGUGUCCCUGAACAAGUGGGGCCAGUAUGCCAGUGACGUGCAGCUCAUCCUCCAGCGGACCGGCCCGUCUGUCAGCGAGCGGCCAACCUCUGAAGGGCUGGCUCGUGUCCCAGAACGAGGUCUAUACCGCCAGAGCCUUCCACCUCUGGCCAAGCUCCGCCCAUCGGGGACAGACCGGUCGCUCAAACGAAAGGAACCCAAACGCAAAUCUCUGACCUUCACAGGAGGCGCCAAGGGUCUGCGGGAAAUAUUUGGAAAAAGCAGAGAUACUGAUGUCAAACAGUCCCAGCAGCACGGUGUGAGUUUAAACCUCAGCAGAGUUGGAGGAGGUGGAAUAGCAUCUGUACCUGGGAGUCCGGCCAGAGAGCUGAGCCGACUGGUGCAGCUGCAGAGAGACAAACUCCAGGCCCUGGAAAGCCGCCUGCUGGGCUGCGAGGCUGAGCUGCGAGACUGGGAGGAGGCCACAGGCGAGGCCAGCGAUGAAGGAAACUUGGAGGAAGAGCUGCUGCUUUUAGAGCAGCAGGUGAGGAGGAAUGACGCCGAGAUGGAGGAGGAGGAAUUCUGGCAGAACGAGUUGCAGAUAGAGCAGGAGAGCGAGUGGCAGCUGCGGCAACAGCUAGCCGAGCUGCAGGGCCGUGUACGCGACUGUGAAGCCAAGCUUUUGGAGUAUCUAGCUCGCAUACAGAGCAUGGAGGCAGGUGUGGAGCAGGAGCGACUGCAGCAGGAGGCUGAGCUGAAACAAAGGGUCAAUGAGGAAGAGGUACAAGCCCAGUUGGAGAAAGUGAGGGCAGAGUUGGAAAUGCAGAGCCAACAAACAGCACGGCUGGAGAACAGCUGCAGGGCAUUGGAACGCUCGCUCAGCCAGUCAGGCAAGAGAUUACAGGAGAAAGAGCAGGAGCUGGAGCAGCUGACAAAAGAGCUUCGACAGGUCAACCUACAGCAGUUCAUUCAGCAGACUGGUACCAAGGUCACUGUGCUGCCGGCUGAACCAUCAGAAGAGAUCAGCAGUGAGACGGAGUGCGGUUCCCUGAAACGACUCGGCUCCUCCCGCCUCUUACCCAGUGACCUUCGUGCUCUUCAGAGCGCCGUCUCGUCCACCCUCAACCCUGAAGGCAUCUACGUUUGACCCUAAAUGUCCAGGAGGCAUAUUUUUUUGUGGCGGUAGCAAGGCAGCUUUAUGCUACUGAAACUAUUUCCACACACAGAAAACCGAAGAACUAACUCCACAAAUAGAUGUUUUUCUUACAAGGCAACAGAGUGUCAGAGUGGCACUUCAAUAUGGAGGGUUUUUGCAAAAAAAAAAAAAAGAGUGUGACAAGAAAACUGCACUGCCUCCUCUUUGCUAGAAUUGAACUUAAACUGAUGUCAUCAUCUGCCGUUUAAUGCACAGUCUGAGCUCCCAUGAGUGAGUAAGGAUAACUGCAACAGCACCAUUUUUCUCUACAUACCAGCUACUGUGUUUUUAUUUUUGUUUGUUUGGUUUUUUUUAGCACUUCUGGACAUACUCUGAAUACACAAUCAUUUAUUAGUCAAGCGAUUCCCGGCAAAAAAAACUGUAAUGUGUGCAGUAAAUCAUGAGAGAAUUUCAGAGUGCAGUAGUUUGACACGCGUACUCAUCUACAUCCAAAAAAAGAGACAGAUGCAUGAGCAUGCACAAACAGUGACUCCUGUGCUAUAAGCAUAGCCAUAUCUGAUUGCCUUAAAACUAGAUGUUAGUAAAUGUAAUAUUGAAACAGAACUCAAGGUAGCUACUGAGUACUGUGCGCAGUGUGAAUUUGAUAAAAUGCGCCAAUUCAGGUGACUCCUUGUCACGGUAACUGAUGUCAGUACAACUCCACGUGGGGUUAGUCUUUUUUUUUCUAAAAGAGUUUGAACUUAUUUUUUGAUUUAAUUAACUAGUAAGUUAGCUUCGUGUGUAUGUUUAGACAGCGAUUGAAAACAUUUAUCAUAAAAUGUAUGUCAGAGGCAGAGUUAAAAGAGGGCGACUAAAGAGGCCAAUGAAGUGAUAUUUUCAGUAGAACAUGGUGGCUGUAAUGUGGCCCAAUUUAAGUAUUUUGUGUUGUGCAGUAGGCAUGCAUCUGUUGUUUUUCUCAUAAUGAAAAUGUCUUUAGUAUGGAAGCUUGUUUCUGCCACUGAAAAAAAGGGUUUUUUGUCAUCUGUAAGUCGGAAUUUCAGCUUUUUAUCUCAGAGUUAUUUUCUAAGAAGUUUAAGCAUGUUACAGUUUUGAGAUAAGAACGAUUUUUUUUUCUUACAGAUGACUUAUGCAAAAAACAAAAGAAUUUUAAAAAACAAACAAACAAAAAAACACGGUGGUGCGAACAAAGUUCCACACUUGGGUGUAAAUCCAGGCUCAAAUAAUUUAUCACUGUGACCACCAGGUGGCAGCAAAACAUCUAUUAUUCAGGUAGGCGAAAGGCUCUUUAAGUCAUCUGAUUAGUGCGUGUUUAUGAGUCACUUACUGUAUGCCUGUUGUUGUUGUUGUUGUAACAAAGCCUCUGCACUUUAGCUUUAAUUGUGUUAAGGUGAGAGUGUUUGAUAUGUUUCACUGUGUACUGUGUUCAUUAACCAGGAACACACACACACAUAUCAAAACAGCAUCCUAUGAUUUCUAACAAACUUAAGAUGUCUUCUAUGAACCAAAGUUAGUGUCACACAACAGAUGGUUAAAUGAAUGUAUUUUUUUGUGUAUGUGCAGCUUGUGCUUAAUAAAAAUACCAGCUUCAUUCAAAUGGUGGCUGCGCUGCACACCAUACAUAUUUUAUAUUUUAUGGUCAGCUCUUUCACGCAGAAAGACGACAUUUAUAUCACAAAAGACAGUAUUAGAAGUCUGAGAUAGAAGAUGUUAGUAUGAACCUUUGCCAGCUGAAUUGGAGAAACCCAAACUGCUUGUGAAUCCUCAGUAUGGGCUCAGAAAACUGCAAAAAAUUGCAGCUGUUAAAUAAAAAAUCAAUAUUG